AAUGAAAAUGAAUCUCAUGUCGAUCUGUUCAUCUUCUUCUGAAUCAGGGAGCAGCAGCAGCAGCAAUGCAUGGUUAGUAGUAUCGCACGGCUUAGUUGCCGGAGCUGCCAUCGCAUUGGCAGCUGGUGCUUAUUUUCGUAGAUCAUCCAAAUUACGAAGCAGAGUCGUUGGAAUUAUUCCAGCUCGUUUUGCUUCUUCGCGAUUCCAAGGCAAACCCCUUGUUCAAAUCCUCGGAAAACCCAUGAUCCAGAGAACAUGGGAAAGAGCCAAGUUGGCAACCACAUUGGAACACAUAGUUGUGGCAACAGAUGAUGAAAAGAUUGCAGAAUGCUGUCGAGGUUUUGGGGCUGAUGUUGUAAUGACAUCAGAAUCUUGCCGAAAUGGUGCUGAACGGUGCAGUGAAGCUCUUCAAAAGCUUGGCAUGAAGUAUGAUAUUGUUGUUAAUAUUCAGGGGGACGAGCCUCUCAUUGAACCUGAGAUAAUAGAUGGAAUUGUUAAAGCUUUGCAGGGAGCCCCUGAUGCCGUGUUUAGCACUGCUGUCACAUCCUUAAAGCCUGAAGAUGGAUUUGAUCCCAACCGAGUGAAAUGUGUGGUAGAUAAUCAUGGAUAUGCGAUAUAUUUUUCAAGGGGGUUGAUCCCCUAUAAUAAGUCUGGGAAACUCAAUCCGAACUUUCCGUAUCUGCUUCAUCUUGGUAUUCAGUGCUAUGAUUCUAAAUUUUUAAGGAUAUAUCCAGAGCUUCCCCCUACUCCUUUGCAACUAGAAGAAGAUCUAGAGCAGCUUAAAGUCCUUGAGAAUGGGUACAAGAUGAAGGUGAUCAAGGUUGACCACGAUGCCCAUGGUGUGGACACUCCAGAAGAUGUUGAAAAGAUAGAAGCUCUGAUGCGUGAAAAAAAUUUGUCGUGAUCACUGAAAUGCUAAUGCAUUAAAGAAAUGUCAUUGGAAGCACUGCAUGACAGAAUAUUCAGAAUAUAAUAGGAAAAUGCUGAGAAGAUAGUCUGAUGCAUGAUAAUGUUCCUGCUGUCU